AUGAACGCUAUUGUUGCUUUGAUCUCUGCCGUCAGCGUCUUCGCUGUUUCUGCUUUUCAUCUUGACUUUGGUGCUGCCGACCUUGGCUUCGCUGGCCUCCAUGGUCCAGUCGUCAAGGGUGUCCACCAUGGUGCCAAGGUUCUUCACUUCGUCGCUGGUGGUGAGGUUGUCAAUGGUCUCAAGUGCGGUGCUCACUUCUCCUGGGCCGCUCCAGCUGCCGUCAAGGAAGUCUUGGCUUUCUCUCACUGCAAGCAUGGUGGCCUCGUUUUGGCCCAUGUUGCUCUCGUUGAUGGAUCUGAGCACUUCCUCCACGUUGUUGGCGGUGUUGCUCUCCCAGUUUCUCACCAUGUAUGGUUGGCUAAGCUCGCCAAGGGUGCCUGCAAGCAUGCUCCAGCCCUUGCUGGCUUGCCACAUCAUGCCGUUUUGGCUGACUUGGCCCACGUCUUGGCUUAA